AUGCCGAUUUACUUUUCGGAUUCGGAAGAUGAAACAAUGCCACAGACAAAGCUUUUUGGGCGGAAAAGACCAAUACGUGCUGUUCUAGGAGAGGGACAAGUUGCUGAUGUAUUGCUAUGGGAAGACAAAAAAGUAUCAGCAGCACUUUCGAUUGGAAUGACUGUAUUGUGGUUUCUUUUCGAGGUUGUGGAAUACAAUUUUGUGACUCUCUUCUGUCACAUCUCCAUCACAGCAAUGCUAAUUGUCUUCAUAUGGAACCCUCCUGAGAUCCCAAGAAGGAUUUUAGACAAAUCUGCAUUCGAUGAAUUUGCUUUCACCUUCCAUGAAAUAGUCAAUCAGGCCUUGUCAAAGUUCAUUGACAUUGCAUGUGGAAAAGAACCAGCGCUCUUCUUCAUGGCAAUCGUUUGUCUCUAUAUAUUAUCUGUGAUCGGAAACUAUUUCACCUUCUUGAAUUUCCUUUAUCUAUGUUUUGUUUGCUUGCAAACUCUGCCAUUUCUCUAUAAUAAAUAUGAGGAUGAGGUUGACAAGUAUGCUGGAGAAUUGAUUCGACAAGUUAAGAAAAUGUUUAGAAGGUUUGAUUCCAAUGUUCUUAACAAGAUACCAAGAGGGCCAGUGAAGGAGAAGAAAGUCAGAUAA